CGGGUUUGUUUGAAUAAUCAGAGCAGGUUGGCGGUACAGUGAACGGGCCCCUUUCCUCGUGGGUUAACGAUUUUUGAUAUUUGAGCGAUGGUUCACGGCAACGAUGUUCUACAUCACAACCACUUCAGAAAAAAAUGGCAAUUUAUGGUGAGAACAUGGUUCAACCAACCAGCACGCAAAGAACGCAGACGACAGGCUAGAAAAGCUAAAGCUCAACGAAUCGCACCGAGGCCAGCUUCUGGUCCACUUCGACCCAUCGUGAACUGUCCUACAUUCCGUUAUAAUAUGAAAGUAAGAUCAGGGCGUGGAUUUUCAUUACAAGAAGUGCGCGCAGCCGGUCUGAACCCAAAAUUUGCCCGCACUAUUGGGAUAGCCGUUGAUCACCGUCGACGAAACGUUUCUGUCGAAGGAUUACAAAGGAAUGUUGCCAGGCUUAAAGCAUACAAAGCUAAACUCAUAUUGUUCCCUCUAAAUCCAGCGAAGCCUCAAGCCAUGGAUGCAAAGGCUGACGAUAUCAAGAAGGCCACACAGCUCCGCCGACCGGUGCUCCCUAUAACUCAAAGAACAAAACGUUUGAAGGCUCAUGAACCAACAUCGUCUGAACUAAGGUACAGCGCUUUCCAUGCCAUUCGUCAACAUAGAGCUAACGCUCGGCUCUACGGAAAACGUCUGAAGGCACGUCGAGCAGCUGCAGCAGAAUAAUUGUCCUUAAAUAAAUUAUAGUUGGGUC